AGGGUUUCUUCCUCAGUCUCGCGGGUGAAGUGGGUUUGAAUCCGUUGCCAUCCGUGGCAUUGAGGAAUUGUGAGAGCGUGAGGGUGAGUUGCGUGAUGGGUCGGGCUCCCAGAGGGCGACUGUGGGGGGUAUAUAGUAGGAGAGCAAACCGGCGGCUCCUCGGAGAGGCUUAUCCGGCUGGAGCCGAGGGUGGGGGGAAGGCCUCGAGAACAGAGCGGCUUUCAAGAGGCACGUGUAGCUCCCGUCGAAUAUGUUUUUCUUUCUGAUUCUUAAGCGCCGGUAUUUGAAGAGACGGGAUCUGGAGGCAGAAGAAUCGUAUAUUCAAAUAGUACGAAGUAUACUUCUCUGUGUUUUAUGUCCCACUUCAUUCUGAGGAAUGGAGAAAAAGCCGAAGAUUCUUUUAUUGCAGGGUGGAUAUUUGCUUCGUUUCUUGCUGUUUAUUUUGUUAUUAGUUAGGACAUAAUUUGGCCUUGUGAAGGUAACCUUUGGGUGUUGCAGUCGUUGGCGUGUUUGGAGGUAGAUCGAAGUGAAUAAAAAGGGACUUGCUACUGGGAAGCAGUAGCCACCUGCUUGUGGUUUCUCAGAGAGACAGGGUUAUCUACAGCACUAACUCAGAACCAGAAAAGCUUUUAUUCAAAUUCCAGUUCAACCAUGAGGUUAUUGUCUUUCCUGGAUACAUGUGAUAGCGAAGUCUUGUUAAAGCAAGCACUUGCCUGUUGAAAUGACUUUUGGAGAGAAUAGCAAAGCUAAUGUUGAACAAAUACGUCUUAAAUUGUGUGGGGGAUGUAAACCACAUUGUCUCAAAAGGAAUGAAGACUUGUGUGUUUUGCAAUACAGGCAGAGGUGCUAGCUUUUGUUACUGAUGCUUCAGAAUCUGUUAAACCAAAUAAAGAGAACCAGUACAGUUUUCUGGCUACAGACUGGGAAGAUUGAAAUCAGGUCACUUCAUGGGCCAGUCACACUUUCUCUUAGCCUAGUUUAAUUUACAGAAUUGCCAUCUAGAUAAAGAUGAGUGGAGAGAUUGUGUGUACUACUUUCAGCUCUUGAGAAGAUUUCAAAAAAGACUUGCAGUUUUUAUAUGUGCCUAUGCUCUUGUAUUCUAAAGUUCCCUUUUAACAUUACUUUUGUUUUCUUUUAGAACUGAAACAUGGUCCAACGCUUAACGUACCGCCGUAGGCUGUCCUACAACACAGCCUCUAACAAGACUAGACUAUCUCGAACACCAGGUAACAGGAUUGUUUACCUCUAUACCAAGAAGGUCGGCAAAGCACCGAAAUCAGCAUGUGGUGUGUGCCCAGGAAGACUUCGAGGUGUUCGUGCUGUUCGUCCAAAAGUUCUUAUGAGACUGUCCAAAACAAAGAAGCACGUUAGCAGAGCCUAUGGUGGUUCCAUGUGUGCUAAAUGCGUUCGUGACAGAAUCAAACGGGCAUUCCUUAUUGAGGAACAGAAGAUUGUUGUCAAGGUGUUGAAGGCGCAAGCACAGAGUCAGAAAUCAAAGUGAAUAUUUGUGUUUGCCUAAUAAAUGAAAAGUGAACUUCC